AUGGGUCAUGGUCUUCAGCUAAAAUUCCCUAAUGUGAAGUACAGAGAUUUCGUCACUCAUACAGUGUUCACGCAAAGUCCUUUCCCCGUCUCACCUAAGUCUACAUCUCCACCUCCCUCAACUGUUACAGCAGGAAAGGAGCCUAUCGCCUUCAAAGAAGCAAUGAUAGAUGAAGGGUGGUGUAAGGCUAUGCAAGAGGAAAUUCGUGCCUUAGAAGACAAUGGUAUAUGGGUUAUGGAAGACCUUCCCCAAAAUAAGAAAGGUUUAGGGCAUAGGUGGGUAUAUAAAAUCAAGUACAAGUCUGAUGGUAGUAUUGAAAGAUUGAAGGCUCGAUUGGUUAUCUUUGGCAAUCAUCAGGUUGAAGGGAUAGAUUAUGUUGAGACUUUUUCCCCUAUAGCAAAAAUGGUGACUGUUCGUGCUUUUCUGGCAGUUGCAUCUUCUAAAAAUUAG